AUGUCGAUCGACCGAAAAGUUUUCCAUUGCGUCGUUGACGAUACCGCACUCACUACUAAUAUCAGCGAAAUUAAAAAGUGGACGUCGCUUGGUGCCAUUACUCUUAUUGUUCCACUCUAUACACUUGAGCGCCUCCGUACCCUGAAGAAAUCCAAUGCGCAGAUCGGUAUGAACGCACGAGAAGCUGUCCGUUUUCUUGAUCGCGUUACAUCCGGCAAACAUGACAUCCCUUCCUCGAAAAUAACACUUCAGGGACCGAUGGAACAGUUCGAGACGUGGGAAGAAGCGGAAAAAUACUUUCUCCCGGAGUUUGAAGAAGAUGUCAGGGAUGACUCGGAUAGUGGCGCUGAUGACAAAGAAUCAGCUAAUGGUAUAAAGAAUGGAGCAGCUAAAGCCGAAUGCAAGGAAAUGCACAAUCUUAAUGAGAUGUCCCAAAUGCUUUUGAGCAGGCUUAAAUUUAAGAAAGAGCCGGAUGUGGUUUCGAUAACCUCUGGUGGCACUGGCAGUAUCCCCGCGUCCCUUGCGUCAGGUAGCUCACAAACAAGUCCAGAAUAUACGGCCGUAAAGCUUGCCGCGACUCCAGCACCUGGGAGAAGUGCUAACGGUUCCGUAAAUUCUCAUCGUCGCUCUGCCUCUGGGUCCAUUAUUCCCUCAGUUCCUGCGACCAUCAAACCACUGCUUAGCGCUGUUCUCUGGCGUUUGCAUGGUCAGCCUGGGGUGACACCAGGUGUAAAUAGUUGCAUCCUCGUUACUAACGAUUGGUCCACGCAGACAUGGGCCCAGAAGUUCGGGAUCUCGGCAAGGAAUAUUCACCAGCUGCGGACAGCAAUCAUAUAUGAGGAGAAAGAAUUCAAGAACCAUUGCAAGUACAUCGAAAAGAAUCAGGUUGCGGAGCCCGACAGGUUGCUUUCCUACGAAGAUGAGAGCGAGGAGGAUGUUCUUGUAUUCGUUCCCAGAGGCCCAGCAAAACCCGCUCCUCGUGGUGGCCCAAUUAAACGAUCGGCCAACCGCAAAUCAGCAGCAGGUGACCGUAUUGCCAGUGCCAGCACCAAUAGUAGCAAUGGGAAACCAGCCAUCCAAUCUGCUCCGGAGGUUGUCGGAGUCCCAUCUACUCCUAUCGAUCCUGAUUCCUUUAGCCGAAACUAUGGGGUUGCGAAAUCGUCCACUCCUGUUGAAAUUUCAGCUUCAAAUGAAAAUCUUCGAGGUUUCGUUCGUUCCAGUCCACGCGCACAACGCCGUGGUGCUAGUCGCGGCCCUUCUCUUCGUGGCACUGGUAGAGGCCGUGGCAAACUUUGGGUCCCUUGA